AUGUUCCUGCUGCAAGGCUUCGUCGACCCUUACCUGACGGCCGGGGCCGCGAUCCUCUUUGCCGUCCUCUUCAUCGUCCUCCGCCCGAGGAAGCCGUGUCUUCCGCCGGGGACAACCCUCCCGCCGGGUCCCAAACCCAAACCAAUCAUCGGCAACCUCUUUUCCAUCCCGCCGGUGCACUCCUGGCUGGCCUUCCACGAGCUCAUCAAAGAGCACGGCCCCGUCGUCCGCCUCGCCCUCCCGGGCGGCCAGGAGCACGUCCUCCUCGGCACCGAGACCGCCGCCAACGACCUCCUCCGCCAGCGCGGGACCAUCUACAGCGACCGCCACUACGCGCCGGCGUCCUCGCAUUUCCUGACCGACGAUCACAUGCUCCUGCUGCUCCCCUACGACGAGAAAUGGCGCAACUACCGCAGGUUCCUGCACCAGGUCACCAUGUCGCCCGUCGCGCCGCAGUACGAGACGGAGCAGCGCAUCGAGGCGGUCAGGCUGCUCCGCGACCUGAUCCGCCGCCCGCGCGACUAUGAGACCCUCUUUGAGCGGUUCAGCGUCGGUUUGGGCCUGCGCAUCAUCUACGGCCUGCGGGCGGAGAGCGGCCACGACCGCGAGGUGCGGAUGCUGCUCGACAUCGUCCACGAGCUGGAGCGCGUGGGGUCUCCCGGCGCGUACCUGGUCGACAUCUUCCCGUCACUCAAGUACCUACCAGAGUGGCUGGCGCCCUGGAAGAAGUAUCUCCGGGCGCGGAGGCGCCGCGACGAGGACUUCUUCCAGGAGCUGGUCGAUCGGAGCAAGUCGCCGUCCUGGGCGCGGAUCUGGCUCGAGACCGAGGACCAGUGGGGGCUCACGCGGCGGGAGGCCAACUGGAUGCUGGGAUCCGUCUUCCAGGCUGCGGGUACGACGUCCGGGUCGGCUCUCGCCUCGUUCAUCCUCUGCGUUGUGCGGAAUCCCGGGUGGUUCGAGAGGCUUCAGGCCGAGGUCGACGCCGUCGUCGGGCCGGACAGGGUGCCUACUUUUGAGGACAUGCCGCGGCUUCCGCUCGUGAGGGCGUGCGUGAAGGAGACUUUGAGAUACUACCCGAUCACCGCUGGUGGGUUCCCCCACCGUCUCACGGAAGACGAUACGUACCAAGGGUAUUUCUUGAAAAAGGGCACGGUGGUACACGCGGUGCAGUGGGCUAUUCAACGCGACCCGGAGACGUAUCCGGAUCCCGAACGCUUCAACCCCGACCGUUGGUUGGACCCCAAGUAUCCGACAUACAAGGAGCCCCUCACGGUAUACCCAAACUUGCAGCAGUUCACGGCGUUUGGCCACGGUCGCCGGAUUUGUCAGGGCAUCAACAUUGCUGAACGGAGUCUCAAUCUCAAAAUCGCGCUGCUCGCUUGGGGUUGUAAUAUUUCUCGGGCUACGGAUAGUAAUGGUAAGGAGAUCAUACCGCCUGUGUAUGACUUUGCUGCGGGAUUCAAUGUACAGCCAAAUGAGUUUGAUUUCGACCUGCAGCCAAGGAGCCAACAGCGCGUAGAUUUGCUAGAGACCGCUUAUGAGCACAUGCUGAACGAAGACCCUCUAUUGCCGUAG